AGCACGAGACUAUGGAAGUGUUGAUAGGAAACGAUCCAACUGAGCUUGGUUGUUACCUUGACUUGGCUUUUGUGACAGCGAGAUGUGAGAGACUGCUGAGAGAGAUACCUGCCGAGUGUUGCACUUUAGCGUCCUUCUGGUUGAGUUACUUGUGAGAGCGGAGAGUACAUUUAUUAUCCGUGCAUUUACGGCGGAUUUCUUAAAUCUAUAGUGAAACGCUGCCUGGCGCCAUGGGAACCGGAAUGAGUAAGGUCCUCCCUGGUCUCUAUCUUGGCAAUAUUAGAGAUUCAGAGGAUCAGGACAGUUUGUCAAAGAAUGGCUUGACACACAUUUUAUCAGUAUACACCAAUGCAAAACCAGUGCUUCAGAACAUGACUUAUCUUUGUAUACAAGCAUCAGAUUCUUCCAGCCAGAAUUUGAUACAGCAUUUCAAAGAAUGUAUUAGUUUUAUUCAUGAAAGUCGGCUUAAUGGUGGUGGCUGCCUUGUUCACUGUCUGGCAGGAGUUUCCCGUAGUACCACUUUGGUUGUGGCUUACCUUAUGACAGUAACUAACCUGGGCUGGGAAGACUGCUUGUGUGCAGUGAAGGCUGUUCGCUCCUUUGUUGGACCCAACUUUGGUUUCCAGCAGCAACUGCAGGAAUUUCAUAUGUCUCUUGUCUCAGAGUAUCGACUGUGGCUUCAGACAAAAUAUGGUCACAACCCUUUUAAUGACCAGGAGGAAGUUGAGAAGUUACUGCAACAGUAUGAGGAACAGCAGCAAUGUAGAAACAGUGAGCAAAACUGGACAAACCAGGUUACAACAGUGUACCCACUGCCUUAUAAUGCAUACAGAACCGGCAACACCAGCUGGCUAAACAGAUAAAGCCCUUUAUUAGGAGAGAAUAAAUAUUUUGGUAAAACAUUUGGAAUACAGUUUUUGAGUGUGAAGUUAAAGUAAACCUGUUAAAGUGACUUGCGAACAGUGAAUUCUGAAACCAAAAGACUCUUGGUCUGAAGAUGAUGAAGAACAUCGCUUCAACUUUUAGGAUGAAUUAAUCUAUUCAUGUGCAAAAGGUUGUUCCUCAAUGGAAAGGUUUCACUUGCAUUAUGACAAGAAUAUUUCUGUAAGAGAUAGCUGGGUGAUAAAUGUAUAUGAUGUGUUGAUCCAGAUUAAUAAAUGCUGACCUUAUUGUUUUAUUUUUAACCAUAAUUUCUAAAACCAGUUGAAGCCAGUUGAGUGAUUUAGUGAACCUAAACCCCCAAUCCCUUUUUAUACAAGGUAAAAACGCACCCUGAUUAAUUCGUAAUAGAUGAAUCAUUAUGAUUACAGUAUUUUAUAAUUUAAUAGGGAGAUUUAACUUCUACCUCUAGGUCUUAUCUCUACAGUAUUACAUUCGGUUUUAGUGAAUUAUUACCCAUACCAUAACCCAGCACCCAGGGCAGAGUGGUGGCUCUGAGGCUAAGGAUCUGCGCUGGUAUCCCGAAGGUUGCCGGUUCGAAUCCCCGUCACUGCCAAAAGAGAUCCUUCUCUGCUGGGCCCUUGAGCGAGGCCCUUAACCUUCAGUUGCUCCAGGGGUGCUGUACAAUGGCUGACCCUGCGCUCUGACCCCAAGGGGUAUGCGAAAACUAACAAAUUCCUAAUGCAAGAAAUUGUAUAAGGCGAAAUAAAGAACAAAAAAAAAAAAGUAAUUACACAAGGAUUACAAGUUUUUUUCUAGAAGAUCAUUUUGAUUUGUUGCCUAAUAACUACAGCUGCACAAUUUGAAUGGAGUGUCAUUUUUGUAAGAUACCACAGUGUCUGUGCCUUAAAUCAUCCAGCUGUGGCGUAUAGACAACAAAUCCAACACUGUGACUACAGCUGCAAAAUAUUUUACAUUUAACUGUUUAUAUCCAAAGAACGAAAUUUACUUCAGAGGAAGGAAUGUUACAACUGCACUUAAAAUCUUGGCUGGUAAUGGUGCUGAUUUUAGUCACUGAAACAGCAUACAUGCAAUUAGUUUAAUUAAAGUUAAUUCUAAUUACAUUUGUGUAAUGCUUAGUAAGUACUUCAUUCUUUAACAAGCCUUACCUACUGUAAUUGUUGAUAAUAAAUUCAUUUUAACCUAACAAAGUCAAGUUUUGUUUAGCAUAGAUGGUUUGUCUGCAUGUUUCUUUAUAUUUUGAAUAAGUACUGGAAUAUGUGCAAAUAUUAAAUGUUUACAGUUCCAUUGUUCUUUAUCAUAAAUAAAUGAACUUCACUG